AUGGCCUCCGCCGCGAUACCCCUGUUCCCAGAAAUCCGCGAUGUCGUUGCCCCCCGGAAAGACACGCUCGGCCUGCCCGAAGCAGCCGUGAAGCGACUGACCAAGGCAGGCGUCGACCUGUCGCAAGGCUACCCCUACCGCCCCGCGGCGCCCUUGUACUUGGACGACGUGUACAAGAUCCGGUCCGAGCCGUGGGACCACGUCGAGCCCGGGGCGCGGGCAGACAAGUCCAAGAAGGCCCUGUUCUCCGCCGCGUCCAAGGUCACCGACUUCACGGCGUACGUGGGCACGCAGGUCGACGGGCUGCAGCUCAAGGACCUGACGGCGCAGCAAAAGGACGAGUUGGGCUUGUUGAUUGCCGAGCGCGGCGUCGUCGUGUUCCCGAACCAGGACCUGUCGCCUCAGGAACAGCUCAAGCUCGGGGAGUGGUAUGGGAAGAUCGAGAUUCACCCACAAGCUCCUAUCGUGCCGGGACUGCCUGGCGUCACGGUCCUGUGGCCCGACCUGCAGGCCACGGAACGGUCCGUGACGUAUCGAAAUCCCGGCGGCGCCGCUGCGUGGCACACGGACCUCGUUCACGAGCCGCAGCCCGCGGGCGUGACACACUUGCACAACGACGUCGUUCCAACCGUCGGCGGGGACACGCUGUUCGCCAGCGGGUACGCCGCGUACGAGAAGCUGUCGCCCGCGUUCCGCGAGAUCAUCGACGGCAGGUACGCCGUGUACCGCUCCGGUCAUGCGUACCUGGACCGAGACAACCCGACCGCGGGGCCCAAGUACGUGGAACGCGUCCACCCGCUGGUCCGUGUCCACCCGGCCACCGGAUGGAAAGCCCUGUGGGUGAACCGGCAGAUGACGCUGCGCAUCGUCGGACUGGAUCCGGGAGAGAGCGACGCCAUCCUCAACUACCUGUACCACGUCUACGAGACCAACGUGGACAUCCAGGCCCGUAUCAAAUGGACCGCCGGCACGAGCGUGCUCUGGGAUAACAGGAUCAUGAUCCACAACGCAAGCUGGGACUAUGCAGGAAGAGAGCCGCGCCAUGGCACCCGUGUGACUUCGUUGGGCGAGAAGCCGUACUUUGACCCGGAUGCCCCGACACGAAGACAGGCGCUGGGACAGCUCGGACCCGACGAGUUGGAAGAGGAUGGUCUCGUCGCGUGA